AUAUAAUAUAAUAUAAUAUUCCAUUCCCUCCCUACGAUAAGGAAUCGAAUGGAUUGGUGUCUUAUCUGCUUCAGCCGUAUUUAGGAACGAAUGAAAUCUCCAUUCAAAAUUCUUCGGCAUUUAACAUUCCAUCCAUAAAUUUAUAAAUCUUUUGUCGGGAUUACGAUCCAUCGCCAUUCAAGAAAUUCACCGUUAGCCAAAAAAAAAAUCACGAAAUGUCAAAUUGCAAUAAUUUUUCCCCCCACCGCCAAAUGUCGUUCUUCCUUUUAUAACCAUUCAUUUAUUCAAUCGCUCAAAAUAUAUAUUUAAAAAAAAUGAGAGGAUUCCUCCAGAAACUAAAUAAAAUGACACAAUUUAAACGCCACUUCUAUUUUUCCUUAUCCCGCCACAAAUCCAGGCACGCGAUAUCGUCGUCCAAUCAGCGUAUUCCAUUAUCUUUCCUAAACGGAGUUCUGUUAAUUGCGACGCUUGUAUGGGCUUCAUCUAGUUUUCAGACCACCUUAGCCAUCACAUCCCCGCCGACCUUCACUAGACAACCACCUUACGAAUUGAUAUACGACAGCCGAAUACUCGUGACGUUGGAAUGCCUGGCCGAAGGUGAACCAGAGCCAACUUAUUACUGGAAAAAGAACAGUCUGAAAUAUGAUCCAUCAGCUAACGAUGGAAGGGUCAUAAUGGUUCCGGGUAAAGGGACUCUUACUAUCACGCGUCCAAUCUACGAUGACGAGGGCCUCUAUCAGUGCUUCGCUACUAAUCAAUUCGGAACAGCGGUUAGUAACGCUGUCCGUCUUCAACACGCCCGGCUCGAAUCCUUUCCCCACAUGCCUCAACCGAGCGUUAUGACGGUCAAUAACGGGGACCCGCUAACUCUUAACUGUCUUCCCCCAAAAGGCAUCCCACCACCACUCGUCUUUUGGCUCAUAUCGGACGAGUUCAAAGAGGUAAAAUGUUCGGCCAGAGUCAUGCAAGACAUGGACGGAAACCUGAAUUUCGCUUAUGUCAACGCGUCGGAAGAUAUCCAACUAUUCGCCCGUGACGAACUUAGUCAUAACAACCCUUUUACGUGCGUGGCGAAUAAUCCUACCCUGAACACGCUUAACCAAGGGGAAUUCCAAAUCAUAAAAGUGCUCAACCCAGGCGAUCCCAUUCCAAAAAGGCCGCCAGAGAGAAUGUGGACUUCUUCGGUGAACAGUUUGGCACUUAGAUCUCAAAACCUCGUAUUAAGAUGCAUAUACAGUGGAUUCCCCUCCCCAAAAAUAACAUGGCGACGUAUAGACGGUGAUUUACCCAUUGGCAGACACACUUUCGAGUGUUUUUCUCACGAUUUGAUUAUCGAAAAUAUUCAGUAUUCUGACGCUGGCGACUACGAAUGCCGGGCCGCUAACGGUAUAGGUCAAGACCAAAAGCGGGUCAUGAGAGUUCAAGUUCAAUCCGCUCCAUAUUGGACCGUAAAACCGGAAGAUGCUAACGCGGCCGAAGAUGAAACCUACGUCAUCAAGUGCCAGGCGGACGGAGUUCCUAAGCCUCAAAUUCAGUGGUUCUUUAAUGGAAGGCCUAUCACUGAAUCGGCCUACAACGAAAGGCGCAAAGUGGAAGGGGAUUCGAUAACGAUAGUAGAUUUGAAGAAAGACGCGGACAUAGGUGUUUAUCAAUGUAACGCUUCAAACACUCAUGGAUAUAUUUUCGCCAACUCCUUCCUAAAUAUUUUAGCCGAACCUCCUGUGUUCAAACUUCCCCCCAAAUCAUUACUCGAGGUGGUCGACUUAGCUUCCGCCAACCUCACCUGUGUCACCUUCGGAGCCCCCGCCCCUCAAAUAACGUGGUACAAGGACGGGAUCGAAAUAACUGGCGGGCGUUACUCUCAAGAUGACUCAUUUCCUUCAUCCCUCGAUUCCACGGGGAAUAAAGGGGUGCCAUCUAUUAACGGACUCGGUUCGCUCGUAAUAGAAAAGGUCACUCAUUCUGAUGCCGGUAACUAUACAUGCACAGCUCGGAACAAGUUCGGGAGCGAGACGGCCAGCGGGAUGCUCGUGGUUAAAUCUCACACGAUUAUUCAGAGCCAGCCCCAAAACGGAGAGGUUAGAAUAGGCGAACCCGUAGUUUUUAGGUGUUCUGCAGUCCAAGACCCUUCCCUAGACCUCAUUAUAGAUUGGGAGAAGAAUGGGGAAUCCAUAUUCUCCACCGAACUUCCGAAGAAUUCUAUCGACUAUAACCAUAUAAGAUACAACAACUUCCCUAAUGGCGAGUAUGGAGACGAAAGCAUUUUCAAAAAAGGCCAGACUCCCGAUCUGGAUAUAGAUAAUCAAAGGGUAUUCAAGAGCCCGAUAGAUAACUCACUCACCAUAACUAAUGCCCAGCAGACUGAUACCGCCUCGUAUACAUGUGUUGCGCGCACGCGGUUGGAUCGUGCCACGGCUACCGCUAACCUUACAGUUCAGGACGUUCCCAAUCCGCCAACAGAUGUCACUCUUCUUUCUUGUAUGAGCCGUUCGGCCACUGUGAGUUGGAGACCUGGUGGAGAUAAUAGUGCUCCUAUAUUGAGGUUCAUAAUUCAAUACAAUAGUACUUCUCCCAACCCAUCGUCCUCCGACAAAAAGAGCCAGAACAAUGAAUUAGACAAUGGUUGGACAACCUUUCCAGAACACGUUCCGCCGGGAGAAAGGCAGUACACUCUCCAAUUGAAGCCUUACGUUAAUUACACUUUUAGAGUGCUCGCGGAAAAUAAAAUUGGCCUCAGCCCAGUUUCCACGAACCCUUCUAAUUCUGCCACGUCCUCCGACAUCGCGCCUUUCGUUACAAAAAAACCUUGUUCUACGCCCCCCGAUGUUCCAGAAGCUAACCCCACUGGCGUAAAGGCUGGAGGCGGAUAUCCCGAUCGCCUAGAUAUUUUUUGGACCCCUUUGCCCAAGAUAGACAGGGGUGGGCCGGGUUUUCACUACUUGGUGAAGUACAGGCAACUCGAUCCUUUGACCAAGCUCCCCAUUACUUCGCCCUCCUACACGAAUUCCCUAGACUCGAAUGGUUUCAAUACAUUUUCGGUUAUGGAUGCGGAGCAGGGCAGUUUGACAAUUAAUAAACAGCCCACAUAUACGCCUUACGAGAUUAGCGUCACGUCUGUCAACGACUUGGGCCAGGCCAAGGUACCUCUGGUACCCGUCAUAGGAUAUUCUGGAGAAGAUGUUCCAAUAUCCGGAGUCCCCGAUUUCCGGCUAAUCGAUAUCAACGGGCCUGACUCUGCUAGACUUGCUUGGGGGAAAGUAAAUGGUAGAACUUUGAACGGAGAAUUCAAAGGAUUCAAGAUCCUAACAUGGACACCACAGGAAGGUUUAGAAAAGGCGAGAGAAACCAUAAUAAGCGAUCCCAAUCAAAACACCAUAGUUGUUAAAACUUUCAAACCUUUUUCCACCAACAUGGCAGCCAUCAGGGUGUUCAACAACUAUUACGACGGGCCCAUGUCCCAGGAAAUAAGGCUGCAGACACCAGAAGGAAUUCCCGAGAUGGUGGAAAAUUUUCGAGCUUACGCUUUAGGUUCAAACGCUUUGCAGUUGAGAUGGGAAGCUCCCAGUGAGCCCAAUGGCAUACUCACUGGUUACCAUAUUUCAUAUUCCAAGGUUAUAAAUACGGGAAUAUCUCCAGCACAAGAAUUGCCUGCUAUAACUGACCCAAAAACGCUUGAAGCGAAAAUCCCUGGCCUCGAAACUGAUACCAAAUAUCGCGUUGAGAUAGCCGCCACUACACAGGCCGGUAUGGGGAAGCCUGAUUUGAGGGAGGUAAAAACUUCUAGAUCUGGCCGACCACUGGCCCCCAGUUUCAGUGUUAAUCGAAUAGAAGGCAAACGUGUUAACGUUACCUGGACUCCAGCUGUUGGAGAUGUUGGAUCGGAUGGAACUCCGAUUGGCAAUCCCGGAAGUUUAUUUUACGUUCAGUAUCGGGUUAAAGGCGACGAUUUAUGGCAAAGGAGCGACGAUCAAUUCUUGAAAUAUUGGGAUGUUUUGGAAAAUUUGCAACCUGGCACUGUUUACCAAAUGAGGGUAGUAGCUCAAAACGACUUGCACCUAACCCCCAGCGACGUUCAAGAGGUCCGGACUCCCACUACUAGAGAGGAAAGUAUAGCGACAGCUGGUUGGUUCGUGGGGCUCAUGUGCGCGUUAGCCAUUUUGCUUCUCAUCAUGAUCAUCAUAUGCUUGGUAAGACGUAACAGGGGUGGCAAAUAUCCUGUCCACGAGAAAGAAAGAGCAAAAGGUUUAGAUCCGGAUAACCCUAACGAAUCUGGUUUCGAUGAAUAUAAUAAGGACGAAAGAACUCCCUUCAAUCAAAACCGAUCUGACCCUGAUAGUAAACCUGGCAAGAUGCCCGGUUCUCGGUUUAGAUCCGGUCCGGAAGAAAGCGAGUCAGAUAGCUUGGCAGAAUAUUACGCCGAUCUCGAAACCGGUAAAUUUGACGAAGACGGAUCCUUCAUAGGCCAAUACGGCAAGGGAAAAAAUUCGAAUGUCACUAACGGAAAUAUUGGCAAAAAUGAAAAUAUAGCUGGUGGAGGUAGGGAAGGUACGGCGUCAUUGGCAACCUUUGUAUAAAUGAUCAAUAAUAUCAGUUUUGUAAACGAAUUUUUCGAAUUUUCUGAGUUUUAGAAAUUGUAUAGUUAGUUAAGGUUAAUUAUUUUUGUACAUUUCACCCUUUAUCCGAAUUCGUGAAAUAUCACUAUUUAUUUUUUUUAAAAAAAAAUCAUAAUUUACACUUUAAAAACCAAAAAAGCAUAGAUUUUUUAAAUAACGACCCAACGUCUUGAACCCUCGCUGCUAAGAUCUAUAUAAUUAUUAUAUUUCGAUUCGCUCAAAUUAUUUUUGCACAUUUCGGAUGUUUAUUUUCCAUCCAUCCAUUUUCCUACUUUUUUUAUAAUAUAUAUAUAUUUUUUGCUUUCAGGCGAAUUUUUUUUUGUUGUCGAAUUCAUGAAAAUAAAUAUUUAUAAAUUUUUUUUACCCCUAAUAACUUCUUCAUUCCACGAAUAAAUUUAAGCCAUAUGAUAGUCAUUUAUUUUUUUUAAAAAAAAUUAUUAAAUAAAUCAUACUUACUUUAUAUUUUUUUUACAAAAUUUUUAAGAAUCAAUUGCAAAAUUAAUUCCCCC